GGGGGGGAAUGGCGGGCCCGCCGCUGGGGGCAUGCGCUGUGGGGUUCGGUCGGCGGCAAUAUGGCGGACAGAGGCCUUCCCUGUGGGAUCAGAAGUCAUUUGGAUCUGAAGCAGGAGCAGAAAGAAAACUUGAAUUCAUCAGGGGGACUCCUCAGCCUUUUGUGUGAACAAACUGCAGGGUCCGACGCGGCUAAUGGCUGAUCGAGUGCUUGUGAUUGGCAGUGGAGGGAGAGAACAUGCAUUGGCCUGGAAGCUGGCUCAGUCCCCACAUGUAAAACAAGUGUUUGUUGCUCCUGGAAAUGCAGGGACAGCCGACAAUGGAAAAAUUUCAAAUUCAGCUGUUUUAGUGAGCAAUCACACUAUUGUUACCCAGUUCUGCAAAGAUCAUAACAUUGGACUUGUAGUAGUUGGACAAGAAAGUCUUUUGGCAGCUGGUAUUGUUGAUGACUUACAAGCAGCUGGAGUAAGAUGUUUUGGACCAUCAACAAAAGCAGCUCAGCUGGCAUCCAACACCAGUUUUGCCAAAGCCUUUCUGGAUCGACAUGGGAUCCCAACAGCAAGAUGGAAAGCUUUUACCAAUCCUCAGGAGGCCUGUAGGUUUAUUAUCAGCACAGACUUUCCUGCUCGAGUGGUACGGGCGAGGGGCCCUGCAGCUAGAAAGGAAGUGACUAUUGCAGCCAGCAAAGAGGAAGCCUGCAAAGCUGUCCAAGAGAUUAUGCAGGACAGAAUGUUUGGAGAGAUGGUUGUCGUUGAAGAACUUCUUCAAGGGGAAGAACUUUCUUGCCUGUGUUUCACGGAUGGUGUCACUGUUGCCUCAAUGCCCCCAGCCCAGGCCCACAAACGGUUAUUGGAUGGCGACCAGGGUCCAAACACUGGAGGGAUGGGAGCCUACUGCCCGGUUCCUCAGGUUCCGGAAGUUCUAGAGAAAAUCAAUGAUGCUAUUCUUCAACAUGUGAUUGAUGGUCUGAGACAAGAAGGGGCAGCGUAUGUAGGUGUGCUGCAGAUGGGGUUAAUGCUUACCAAAGAUGGUGUGAAAAUUCUAAACUUUAAAUGUCAGUUUGGUGACCCCCAGUGCCAGGUAAUUCUUCCACUGCUUAAAAAUGAUUUUUAUGAAGUGAUUCAAGCAGCAAUUGAUGGCAAACUCUGCAGCUUCAUGCCAGCCUGGUCAGAAAAUAGUACAGCUGUGUGUGUGGUCAUGGCGAGUCAAGGAUACCCAGGAGACUAUGACAAAGGCAUGGAAGUAACAGGGCUGCUUCAAGCCAAAGAAUUAGGGCUGCAGGUGUUCCAUGCUGGCACAAUGCUGAAGGAUGGCAGAGUGGUUACAAGUGGUGGCAGAGUCCUCUCCGUUACUGCUGUUAAGGAGGAUCUGAUGACAGCACUGGGAGAAGCCAACAGGGGAGUAGCAGCCAUACGUUUCAAGGGUGCCACGUACAGGAGGGACAUUGGCCAUCGGGGUAUUCGACUUCUCAAGCAGUCUCUGGGUUUGAUAUACAAAGAAAGAUGUGUGGAAGCUGUAACCAGUGAUGUUUUGUCUUAUCAGUCGAAAAGAUCAAUUGUAAAUUGUACCAGAUCAGGCAGUCAUUCAGAAGUAAGAGGCUUUGCUGGUUUCUUCGAUUUAAAAGCAUCUGGUUAUGAUGAUCCUAUCUUGGUUUCUCAAACUAAAGGCCUUGGACCUAAACUUCAGAUUGCACAAGCGUGUAAGAGAUAUGACACCAUAGGUCAGGACCUGGUUGCCUUGUGUGUUAAUGACAUCCUGACUCAAGGAGCAGAGCCCCUCUUCUUUCUCACCUAUUUUUCCUGUGGCAAACUUGAUGUCAAAGUGACUGAAGCAAUCAAAGAAGGAAUAGCUGAAGCAUGUAGAAAUGCAGGAUGUGCUUUCCUAGGCAGGGAGAUUGCUGCGGUGACUAGCAUGUAUUCUUCUGGAGAGUACGACUUGGCUGGCUUUGUGGUUGGUGCAGUGGAGCGAGGGCAGAUGCUUUUGGGUUUGCAGAGGGCUGAUGAGGAGGAUAUGUUUAUAGGACUGGCCUCUUCUGGGAUUCACGGCCAAGCCUUUACCAUCAUAAGGAAGAUAGUCUUAAUGUCCUCCCUUCACUACUCCUCCCCAGCACCUGGCAGUUGUGGUGACAAGACACUAGGAGAUGUACUGCUGACUCCAGCAAAACUGUACAGUCCAUCUUUGCUGCCUGUUCUUCGCUCAGGGCAUGUGAAGUCUUUUGCCUUUAUUGCUGAGGAAGGGUUGCUGGAAGGCAUCUCCCGAAUCCUGCCAGAACGUGUCAGCGCUGUCCUGGAUGCCCUUAGCUGGAAGAUGCCUGAGAUCUUCUGCUGGCUCUACAAGGAAGGAAACUUCUCUGAGAACGAGAUGGCCCAGACAUUUAAUUGUGGGAUUGGUGCAGUCCUGGUUGUGCAGAAGGAGUUGGCCCAGCAUGUUCUCAGGGAUGUACAGAGACAUGAGGAAGCUUGGCUGAUUGGGAAAGUUGUUGCCCCUUGUCACACAGGAGGUUCUCACAUCAAAGUUGAGAAUCUUCUUGAAGCUCUGCAGCUGAGCAGCCCCCAGCAUCUGCUGAAUAACACUGUUGUAGAGAGUCAACAACAGCCCAGAAAGAACAAAGUCAAAGUAGCCGUUCUCGUCUCUGGAACAGGCACAAAUCUUGCUGCGCUCAUCAAUUACGCAAAAGAACCAGGCAGCUGUGCUCAAGUUGUCCUUGUCAUCUCCAGCAAGUCUGGUGUGGAAGAACUACGAAAUGCAGCCCGUGCUGGAAUUCCCACCAGGGUGAUUGAUCACAAGUUAUAUGGGAGUCGCUCUGAAUUUGACAGCACAAUAGACCGAGUUCUUGAAGAAUUUGCUGUUGAACUGAUAUGUCUUUCAGGAUUUAUGAGAAUAUUGUCUGGUCCUUUUCUCAGAAAAUGGAAAGGGAAAAUUCUGAAUGCUUCCCCAUCACUUUUCCCACCAGUCAAGGCUGGAAACACCCAUCAGCAAUCUCUCCCAACUGGACUCAAAGUCACUGGCUGUGCUGUGCAUUUCGUCCUGGAGGAAUCUUGUCCAAAAGCAGUAAUCCACCACGAGCCGGUAUCUGUGAAGGCAGAUGACACUGAGGAGAUGCUGUCAGAAAGGGUUAAGGAAGCUGAGUGCCGGGCUUUUCCUAUUGCCCUACAGCUGGUGGCCAGUGGGGCAGUGUGGUUAGGAGCCGAUGGUAAAACCUGCUGGAAACAAGACAGGCAAAGUCUGUGUCUUCAAGAAGAGAAGAAUGACUGCACUUCCUCCCAGGUGAUGCCAGAGCCACAAGAAAACGAUGUGAUGUAGCCAGGUUUUCCUUUUCCUUCCUUCCCUCCAUGUGCUUCUCUUUGCAGGUGUAUUGAUGUUCCAAGCUUCCAUUCUGAGCUAUGAUCAGUUUUCCUGGGCUUGCAUGUUUCGUUACACUUAGUUUGCAAAACUGGCUGUUGGAGCCAAACUCAUUUCACAUCUUGAAUUUCUUUGUUCUGUUUUUCUGCAUCUAGGGAUGGGGCAUCCACAACUUCUCUGGGCAGCCUGUUCCAGUGCAUCACCACCCUUCUCAGUUAAAGAAUUCUUCCUAGCAUCUAACCUAAAUCUCCCCUCUUUUAGUUUACAGCCAUUCCCCCUUGUCCUAUCACUAUCACUGUGUAAAGUUGGUCUCUCUCCUGAAUAUAAGCUCCCUUCAAGUACCACCACCCACUCCUGCCAGCUGGGUUACUCCUGCAAACUUAGUGUGGCCAAUGGCAAGCACCUCCAGCUGCCACUGCAGAUAUGCCUUCACUCUGACCCUGGUAAGGGUUUGAGGUAGCUAAAAGCCAAAAAGAAAGCAGCAGCACUGGACAUCAAUCAUAUUUUCCAGUGUUUGCAUUGGAAAUCUUCUAUAUUCAUAUAUUCAUUCUGGAUUACUGUCACCAGCAGGGCCCUUGUGGGAGGGCAAUGCAGAGCAUGUAGUAUUCAGUAAUUCAGCCUUCAACAUGGUGAACUUUGUCCAUCAUCAGGAGUUCAAAAUUACUGUUGCAGUCCUUUUGGUCUGCUGUUGUGCAUUUAAGUAGGCAAAAGUGAGCAUGGAAAUUACUUUUGAAAUGAAAAUCUCUUUGUAGGCCCUUGUAACAAACAGAUGUGUAGCGAGCUGCCAAGCAGAACAGCCAAUGGCCAGCAAGGCAGGAGUUCUUCAGAAGGCAAAACAAAGUGAAACAUACCACCCUUCAUGGAUUACAUUGCCAGUGCAGUGUAAUAGCGCACAUCAAACAUAAAUCUUAAUGCUUUGCCCUAUUCCUGGAAGGCACUACAGACAGAUGUUCCCAGAACUUGGUAUUAAAACUUCUAUAUCUGGUGGGGUGGAAAAUUGAUUAGAAACUGUUACCGGAUUUCAGACAUUUUUCUUUCUUCGUCCAUGAAGUCAGCAGGACAUCCCCAGCCCGACUUGUCACUUAGCCAGAGCUAACUUCUCCUGGGGAAAGAUCACUAACAGCCAUUAGAUGCAGUGAAAAAGAAGUUCUUGUUUUGGAAUUAUGCAUCCUGUACCAGUAAGGGACAUGCUGUGUAACUGCUGUUGACUGCGUCGGGCUGUUUGUCAGCAUGAGUCAGCUCCAUUCAGAAACUCCUGUUUGUUUAUUUAUUUACUUAAUGUGUGUCUCAGCCGUGUUUCAGUGGAAGGAGAGGAAGGGGAAUUCCAUUUCUUGCUGCAAGCUCUGCAUUUAUGUACAAUAACCUGUAUUUGUCUUUUGCACUCUGGCAGCAGGAGCAUGGAGCUCGGUGUAGGAGAAAUAGGAAGAACCGUUACAAGGAGAGAUGAACAAAUCUUUAGUAUUUGUGGUUAAUAUUUAUGAUAAACAUGUUGCUUAUUUUGCUCUUGGCCUGUAGUUACAUCACGUUGUGUAUUAUUUGGAAUGCAUAGCAAGCAUGAUUGAUGAUGUUUCAAACCAAACAAAUAAACGGUUAAAAGAUUA